AUGGUUGCAACUCCAAAGAAAAACAGUGUUGAUAGUACACAAGACAACCCAGAGGUCCUUAAACCAUUUGAUACUCUGCCACCAAGUACUAUUGAAGAUGAAUGUCAUGUAUCAAACAGUGCAGCCGAUGGUAGUGGGGAUGAAGAGCCACCACAUCCUAGUAGAGAUGAAAGACUCGAAAAGCACAGGAUGCAAUGCCAGAACUUGAUCACAUAUCUAACCACGAAUGUGUGUCCAUCUGGAUUGACAAAAAAAGAAGUGAGGAAUAUAAAAAACCAAGCCAAAACUCACCAAUGGGACAUUAAAAGUAAGAUAUUUAAUAUUUUACCAGUACAGUUAAUUUAUUUGGCUACACUGUGUAGCUAAAGAUAGUUGAGCACACUCUGUCGAAAGUAAAAUUAUAUGGGAAUCACAUUGUUUUCCUAGAACUGGAAAUACUGCAGAUUUCAAUUGAUUGAACAACAUUCGCCAAUGUCGCUAAGUGCAAGCCCUAACAGUAACAAGCAAAGUUCGAGUACCUAGUAUAGCAUGUUUACUGUCAGCAGUAUAGGAAGGAGUUUUGUUAACAGGAAGACUUUGUCAAAGGAAUUAAGACCCGUUAAUAUUGAUAAAACAAUACGGAAUGACGCAAUAUGUACAUACUUCUGAGGCCAUCCCAAAGGGUAGAGCCAAGGGGGUUAACAUCCAGCUUCGUCUGCAGGGUUUCAUUCUUGAAUGACCCAGUCCCAUAUACCAAACUAUUUUUUGUUGUGUUUAAGGAAAAGAAUUUAUCUAUGUUGGGGCAAAGAAACAUUUGAGAAAAAAAGUUGUGAUGGAUGUCGAGGAGAUUUCAGAGAUUCUACAUCAGUACCAUUCCAAUCCAAUGGGUGGGCACAGUGGAAUAAAUAACACUCUGGCAAAAGUGUCCCAGUACUAUAUUUGGAUUGGUAUUAAGGAGGAUGUAGUUGAAUAUGUAAGUAACAUAAAAGGAAAAUUGGUUAACCCUUUAAGUGGCAAUGCCCCCAGAUGCACCCUACUUUAUUAUUUUACUCUGCCUAACGCCAGGCUUAUUUUGAUAAACAUUAGGGAAAAUGAAAACAAGUGUAAAUUGCCUUUAUUAGUGACGAAACACUUUAGAUCAGAGGUGCUUAUGUUGCAUAAUUUUUAAACUAUGAAUUAUUGGUCCAAAAGUAUCCCAUAAAAGGUCACAAUGCACUGUUCUUACCUGAAGCCCUGUGUAGCAUUUCCAAGGUCAAUUUAAAAUGUUUCAUGCAUUUUUUUACCAUUAUGCAAUUUGUUAUUUCUUAGUGUAAAACUUUUGAUCGCUGCCAACGUUAUGAGAAACUGAAAACCCAAGCUCCAGAGCUUAAAUCAAUUAAAGUAAACAAGGCAUUAGAAUUGGUUGGAAUGGAUCUUAUUGGUAUGCUUCUAAAGAUGCUCAAAUUCAACUUCAUACCUUAAAUCAUGUGAAUUAAUUUGUGACAAAUCUGUUUUUGAAAUAUUAGUUUUUGGUGAAUCUGUAACUCAAAUGCCAAAUAGAAUACUUACGUAUAAGAAUACUCAAGUAUUUCUGAACGUUGAUCUUAAUAUAAUUAUCUAUUUUUGUUAAAGAUUGUCAAAUUAUUUUUAUUAUAUUUUCAAGGGCCUCUUCCUACUACUAAUGCUGGGUACAGUAUGUCCUUACGUUCACUGAUUACUACACCAAAUUUGUGGACUUCUAUACUUUAAAAGAAAAAGUAGCUGCUGGGAUAGCACGCUGCAUCAAAACAUUUGUUUGCAGGUACCGUAAAUAAAGUUUGUACAGUGCUUGAAAUGUAGGCUAGUAGCUCUCUAUAUGCAAAGCUUACCAUUACAAUGAUUAGGUACGGUAUGCUUGAAGUGGAAUACAGCCUUUAUUAAGGCAUCUAGUACAAUUGAUGUAAUAACAUAUGAUAAUGCUAAAAUGUUUUGUUUGAUUAUUCUUGUAGAUGGGGUGCUCCAUGCAGACUCCUGUCAGACCAAGGACGUGAAUUUGUGGCUAAGGUAAUGCCCAUGUCUCCCUAAUUAAUUAACAUGCAAUAAUACAUCCUUAAAGCCCAUUCUCUACUAGGUCAAUUUGUUUGUGCAAACAGUACAAAAGUAGAAAAUGAUGUGUUUAUUUUGUGGCAAAUUUUUUCGCUGACCAAUCACAUUACCAGUGAAGAUUUUUCUCUUUGUGACAACAAAUUCACCUCUCUAGAGUGAAAAUUAGACAAAAUGCAUAAUACAUCCCUAAAAUUGCUGGCAGAGGUAUGCAGUCUCCGAGUGCCCUCUAGUUGGAUUUUGCAAAUGUUUGCAACUUUGCAUGCACCUAUAACUUGGUGAGAUUAAACAAUUACAAGCUUGCUUGUGUUUUCAAUAGGUCAACACAGAGGUUUGCAGGCAGUUUGGUAUCACUCGUUCUGUAACAAGUGCUUAUCAUCCACAAACCAAUGGUCUUGAUGAGCGGACCAACCAGACACUCAAAGUGCGACUGGCAAAAUUAGUCAAUGAGAAUCAAAACAACUGGGGUGACUUUUUGGAAGAAGUCGCAUUUUCAAUUCGGACACAGAAACAAGGUUCAACAAAGUUCAGUUCAUUCUUCCACAUGUUCGGUCGACAUCCCAGGACACCAAUAGAGGUACUGUAAUUAUUUGAACCCAUAAAAUGUUGUAAUAUGGACAAACUACCCAUGAGACCAACAUCCCCAAUUGCAGUCUUAAUUUUCAUCUGCCCUCAGUCACAUUUGCAUUCAAGCUUUAUCUUGCACCACAAAACAUGAACCUUUAUGAGUGUUUAAAACAAUGACUAAUUAUAGAUGGAAAAUGUGGCAGAAGAGGAUGGCAUUUUUGAGUUGGAAACUCCCGCGUCUGAAAUCUUGGAAGAGAUGACAUAUGACCGAUCAGAAAUGAUGAACUGUGUUGACCAACAGGUGUGUAUUAUUAUUAUUGUUCCUGAUGUUUGUCUUUUUUGUAUAUCGUAACAGCACUUGUGUUUUGAUAUGGUCUAGGUUUCUUAACAUACAGUACCGAAGAUAUCAAUGAGUAGGAACAAUAUUUGAUUAAAAUUAAGUUGUAACUAUUAUGAGCUAACUUUCAGAAAACAAUGCAAAACUCUUCUCCUUGUUUACAACCUAGUCCAGCAUCAACAGUGAGCAACUUGGUGUAUUCUUGAGUCUGAAAUAUUUAUAAAUAAAUAAUAAAACAAUCCUUGAAUUGGGUUGGGACUUGGCGGAGAAGGAAAUUCCGGUGCUUUUACCUACGUAAGAAACAUAAAGUCAAGGCCAAAUUUUAGCUACUAAAAGGAAAGCAAAGUUAUUCACUUCUCAAUUCAACCUUUCUCGUGAUCGAGUGAAGACAUACGAAUUUUCUUUGACGUUUUGGACUUCUUUCUUUUACCUUUAUACAGGUGAGAUUUUCAAUUAUUAUUAUAUUAUUCUUAUAUUUUGAUACUUUUAAUUUGGGUAUUAUGGAAUUGUCACGCCCCAAAGUUCUUGUUUUUGGACACUCGUUUGUCAAACGUCUCCAUCGCGAUUUGCGAUCUAAUUUCGACGUCCGUGCGGCCGUUAGUUUUAAUAUACAAAGGGCCUCCGUCAAAUUGCAUGGAAUUGGGGGACGCACAGUAGACAAGUUGAUCGCGUUCGAUUUAGAUAAAGUUCGUUCAUUUCGGCCUGCCAUUGUAAUUUUGGAAGUGGGUACUAACGACCUUAGCCAUAGCAAACCCGAAGUAGUGGGUUCCAAAAUCGAUGACCUCGUUCAUCUUUUACUUCAGCUCCCUUAUGUUGAGAUAGUAGGGGUUUGCCUCAUUACACAUCGGGCAGCUUCUCCGGAGUUCAACAGGCAGGCGUUUAUUUUGAACCAAUAUUUAGAGGUCGUUCUGGACGGUGUUCCCAACGUUUUUUGCUGGAGUCAUAAGGGAUUCUUACAGCGCGUAAAAUCUCCGUUUCUACCAGACGGUGUUCAUAUCAAUCGUAGAGCGCAAUACACGCUGUAUUGCAGUUAUCGCGGUGCUAUUCUUAAGGCUUUAGCAAGCCUUCCUGGUUGUUAG